AUGAAGACAUCUCCAUCAGCGGGCUCAGCCGUGUGCCAAGUUUGUCUGAACCCAGCUCCUAAACCCAGUCUGAACCCAGUUCAUAAACCCAGUCUAAACCCAGCUCCUAAACCCAGUCUGAACCCAGUUCAUAAACCCAGUCUGAAUCCAGCUCCUAAACCCAGUCUGAACCCAGUUCCUAAACCCAGUCUAAACCCAGCUCCUAAAUCCAGUCUGAACCCAGCUCCUAAACCCAGUCUGAACCCAGUUCAUAAACCCAUUCUUCACCCAGCUCCUAAACCCAGUCUGAACCCAGCUCCUAAACCCAGUCUGAACCCAGUUCAUAAACCCAGUCUGAACCCAGCUCCUAAACCCAGUCUGAACCCACUCCUAAACCCAGCUCCUAAACCCAGUCUGAACCCAGCCCCUAAACCCAGUCUGAACCCAGCCCAUAAACCCAGUCUGAACCCAGCUCCUAAACCCAGUCUGAACCCAGCCCAUAAACCCAGUCUGAACCCAGCCCAUAAACCCAGUCUGAACCCAGUUCAUAAACCCAGUCUGAACCCAGCCCAUAAACCCAGUCUGAACCCAGCUCCUAAACCCAGUCUGAACCCACUCCUAAACCCAGCCCCUAAACCCAGUCUGAACCCAGCCCCUAAACCCAGUCUGAACCCAGCCCAUAAACCCAGUCUGAACCCAGUUCAUAAACCCAGUCUGAACCCAGCCCAUAAACCCAGUCUGAACCCAGCUCCUAAACCCAGUCUGAACCCAGCCCAUAAACCCAGUCUGAACCCAGCCCAUAAACCCAGUCUGAACCCAGCUCCUAAACCCAGUCUGAACCCAGCCCAUAAACCCAGUCUGAACCCAGCUCCUAAACCAGACUCCACGCUUCACUUCCUGCUGAGCGACGCAACGAUCCCCAAACCGACCAAUCUGGCAGCUCCGGCAGGACAAACCAAGGAAGCGUCCAGUCAGACCAUUAAACUUCCCCCCCGUCUGCCCCUCCGAGGCAGUGGUGCCCGUUACGUUCCGUUAGUCAUACCAAACGGCGCAGAGGGCAGACCGGGGGAACCGUACGAGCAUGCUCAGUACUUCACCUCCACACUGUAA